AAUUCACAUUAUAGAAAUAGGACAAGGUGUAGUCAAUAAACGUAUUUACACUUUUGGUAUUUAGCUAUAUUUUGCCUCCGAAUGACCUUAGAUCUACUCCGAAUCACCUUUGACGUCAGGCAACAAUCACUUUUUAAUUGUGACGUCAAGUGUUUUGAAUUAUGAUGUCAAAGUUUACGGGAACCUGUGUGAUUUUACGUAAUGGCGGACAAAUUUGCAUACAAGUGUAAAUACGUCUAUACGAUGCAGUACGGUAAAUCCGCCCACAUAAGGCUUUGAUCGUACAUGGGUAGCUUACUGUGACAGAUGUUAUAAUUAUUAAGAGAUGGCAACUGGUGAUAUUGCUAACAAUUUGAGAAAACUUCAGAGGGAAUUGAAAUUAAUCAAGUUUUCUGACAAUGUGGAUCUCACAGGAAUGUCACAGGGAACACCCACAGCUUUCCUGCCAAUAUAUCAUUAUCUGUUCACCAGUUACAGUCAUGCCAUAGCUGAAAUGAUCUCAUCAUCAGAUACAGAAUUGUAUGGCAAAACAGAUUUUAGAUUUAUAGAAGCUGUAUAUAAGCUAAUGAGAGAUAUGUUUACUUACAAACCACCAGUGACUAAAGAACAGUUCUUCAAUGCUGGAUUUGCUGAGAGAAAGAUUAUCAUGUGUGCUGAUGUUAUUCAAAUGAUCAGGGAGAAGAACAAAUCUUUACAACCUAAUAAAAAGUCAACAACAUCUGCUGUUUCUACCAUUUCCCAAAAUCUCAAUAAAAAGUCAUCUAGACCCAAACUAACAGAUUUAACAAAACCUCCAUCACAAUCAGUCACAGCAAAGUCCUCUACUCGUCCAGGAUCAGCAGAUCACAAGCAGGUUACAUUUGCAUCUGAGGAAGUUGUGAAUGAAUUAAAACAGCCACCUAAGCAGCAUGCCUCUAGACAUGUGGCACACAAAGAGCCACCAUCUCCAGUUACCAUAGUAAACAUGUCUCCUAGUGUUACCAAGGAGAUUAUACGGAUGGAUGAACAUCCAUCAAGAGGAUUUAGAUAUGCUGUAGUGACCCCUGCUAUUGCAAAGAUGCCUAACAAAUUGUCAAGAGCAGGUGAUACAAAUGCCAGUAAAGGAUUAAAUUUUGAUGAAUGUGAUGAUAUUGAAGUUGUAAAUGCUACAUCUCCUGAUGCUUCUCUAUAUGAACCAAUACACAACAGUACAAGUAUUGCACAGGAAGAAAUGCAGGAUCAUUUAUCUACACUUCAACAUUCAGUUGAGCUUGUAACAGAAAGACUAUCAGGUUUCGAGUCAGCUAUGUCCUCAGUUACAAAGAUUAUGCAAGACCAUCAGACCUCUACAGACCCCCAUUUAAUAGAUGUAGUGACUCGAAUACAACAACAGAUAGAAAAUCUAACCGCCAGAAUGGUUCUAAUGGAAAAUAGAGUAUCCAUUGUUGAGUCUAAGUUAGAAAAAUCCUCACCUAUACCAGCAAGAAGUUCAGAACCUCUAGUGAAUGGCCAAAGAGACCAGUACACUUCACAUAGUCCAAAAGAAAUCCGUCAUAAAGAAAUUCAGGGCUAUUUGUCUAAGGAAAGCUAUCCAAGUGAAGUGCAGCGAUACACUUCCACAGAAAUCCGUCCUAAAGAAUCUCAGAAAUAUUCACCAGAACAGAUCCGUCCAAGUGGAGUACACAAGACUACCACAGAGAGCCAUGCAUAUACAUCAAAUCAGGCCCAACAUCUAGAAUCAAACUUAAAAUAUGUGGAUUCUAAAGAGAAUCAUCUUCAACGUCAAGUACCUAAUGGCCAGACUGUACAACCAGUUCUUGUUGACCCUUCACACACAUCUCAUAGUGCUAACUACUCAGAUAAUACAUCUAUUCCGUCUCAUCUAACUAGUGCUGACCAGUUCUCCUUUGCCUUGUCCCCUAUCCGUACCAUCAAAGACAGUAGUAUAAUAAAACCAGGACAGAACACUACUUGUGAGGAUACUUUUGCCUUGGAAACAGAAGAUGAUGCAAGAAGGUCCAGUACACCAACAGAUUUCAAGGACCUUCCUAUUAGAACCACCUGUGAAGAUUCUUUAUCAUUCCAAUGUGGAGAUGUAUCAAUGCAGCAAAGGGUGGAUAGAAUAAAAAAUAUGAUGGUAUCAACAAAAACUAUGCUGAACCAGUAAUGAGAUUAGAGAUAAACAACUGACAAAUGACAAUAUUCAGUGAUACAUAGAUCAGAACAGUAUAUGUACUAAUAUCUGACAAAGGACCUGCCUAAUUUUUCUAUUUACAUUUAAACAGUAACAGUGGGGAGGUUGACUAGAGACUACAACAGUACUUAAAUGGAUGACACAUAUUUCAAGGAAGUUGAACAAAAAGCACUUUUUUUAAUGUUAAAGUAUAAAUUUGUCAUUUUACAUUUGUACACAUAGUAUUUCAAUCAAAAUUAGUCAAGUUCUCAAAAUACAUGAAGGAAAUAUAAAGUGAGCAAUGUAAGAAUUGGUACCAGAUGUUAGUGUGGCAGCACAGCCUUUGUGUAUUUUGUGUAUUUUGUUUGUAAAAAGACCCAGGUUAUAUUUAAUUUGUAGGGAAUUUAUACUAUUAAUAAAACUUGAAAAGAAUAAAAGGAAAUGUGAACUCAACUGUCAAUGAACAUAAAAAUGAGAAAAGACAUUAACACUGUUUUGUUUUUGAAGUUAACUUUCUCAUUGUCUACUGAAAGUCCUUUCGGUAUCUUAUUGGCAACAAUAGGCUAGCACUCCUGAGAUAUCAGUGAUACAGUCAUUUUAUGUAAAUUUACUGUUUAUUAAAUGUUAAAAUCAUUCAAAACACUUAAGGUUUUCUAUCCCAGGCAUAGAUGGCUUCAGUGUGAUUCAGCUUCCAAGGAGUCAAACUUAGAAUGACUUGAAAGUUUUAUCCUAUUUCUAUGCCCCACCUACGACAGUAGAGGGGCAUUAUGUUUUUCGGUCUGUGCGUCUGUUAGUUCGUCUGUUCGUUCGUCCGUCCAUUCGUCCGUCUGUCCUGCUUCAGGUUUAAGUUUUUGGUCAAGGUAGUUUUUGAUGAAGUUGAAGAUCAAUCAACUUGAAACUUAGUACACAUGUUUCCUAUGAUAUGAUCCUUCUAAUUUUGAUGCCAAAUUAGAGUUUUGACCCCAAUUUCACAGUUCACUGAACAUAGAAAAUGAUAGCACGAGUGGGGCUUCCGUGUACUAUGGACACAUUCUUGUUGUUUAAUCUUCUAAUCUUCUGUAGUGGUUGAUUGUGGGAGAGAAACAGUGUAGGUAGUUGUAUAUCUGUCCAAUGUCUUCUAAGAGUUUCUACAUGUACUAGAUUAUUAUUUAUUUUGUAAAACUUACCAUAGUUGGAACAUAAGUCUAUUUCAGUAUACAUAUAUUUAUUAAAAAAAGCAUUAGUAGUUUUAAUUUAUUAAUGUAGUACAUGGUUUUAAAAAGUUUGCUUUGGAAAUAGUUGAAAUCAUUCUAUACAGAUUUUUUUGCUGCAUUUAGACAUGCAAAAACAUUUCUAGGUUUUUUAGCCCAAUUCUCAAUUAUUCAGUAUAUAUGUAUGAUAUCAAGUCCGUACACUUUUUAACAUUUAUUAAACAUGUGUGGUUUUAUGUGUGUUUCAUUGUUAAAUUAUCUGCUCUGUUUGUAUCAUGCCAAAUUGUAACAUGUAAUGACAAUUUUGUUAUUGUGACAAUGUGGUGUCAAGAAAUAAAUCGUGUCAUCUGUUAUUGUUUCUGGUGCAAGAUUCUCUAAAUUAUCUUCAUGAAUAGUUCAUGGAACUGGUGCCUAAGAAGUUGUGCAUUUAUUAAUUGAAUUUGUUCACAUGGCCAAUGCAUUCCAUUUUGAUAUUUAUUUUCUAAUAAAAUGAAAAGUAUUUAGUUAA